AUGAAUCGAAUUAUAACUUUCUUCUUUAUUUCCUUAAUCUUGGCAUCAUCAUUCGUCAAAUCAACUCCAUUGGAAUUGCGAAAGCGUCAAGAACCUUCUUCAAGCGACUAUAAAAUAUGCGAUGGAGACUACGCAAUAAGCCUAACUUCAAUGAAGAUAUCGCCAGAUCCUCUUGUCACGGGUCAAAAUAUCACCGUUAACAUGGUUGGUAAAACGGCCGCAGUUAUUGAAAAGGGUGCAAUUAUGAGAAUUUAUCAUGAUCCUAAAGGAAAUUUCGAGCAUGAAUUAGGUUUUUGUGAGAUAUUUGUCGAACCAAGCGGGUUCGCUUGCCCAGUUGAAAAAGGAAAUUUCGACUUUAAUGGAACCUGGCUUAUAGGGAAACACCCUGAUGAACCAAAGAAUACUGAAACUACAAUCUAUACGAGAGCCACCAGUAUGUAA